ACUUUCGGUGUCAUCGGCAAAACAUUGUCAAAGUCUUGAGGAAGAUUUCAUUCAAAAUUAUCUGAAAAUGUUUCGAAGGGCUCUAAAUUCAAAAACAUUACCGAGACGGUCGCUCUCGUUCGACAUAACCACUUACUUUAGUGAAGAUGGCCCCAUCACUCACUUGCUGGACGAAACGCCUCCCAAAACGGUCGAGGUCAGUAAGGAGGAGGGCCUGAGGGCUUACCAGCAGAUGGACUUGAUUCGGAGAUGCGAACUCGCUACUGCCCGCCUUUAUAAUGAGAAGAAAAUCAGAGGGUUGUGCCACUUGUACAGCGGCCAAGAAGCCAUAGCUGUAGGCAUAAAUUCAAUCCUAAAGCCAGACGAUACGAUUAUUACAACUUACCGAUGCCAUAGCUGGUUUCUACUGAAAACAAACGAUUUGGUGUCGUUCUUUGGGGAACUUAUGGGAUAUACUCUGGGGGAUAACAGGGGCAAGGGGGGCUCUAUGCACCUGUACGCCCCCAAUUUCUAUGGAGGGAACGGAAUAGUUGGGGCGAAUGUACCUUUAGGCACCGGCCUGGCUUUUCAGCAUCAGUAUCAAAACACCGAUAAGAUAUGCGUUACUUUAAUGGGAGACGGCUCUUAUAAUAAUGGGCAAGUGCACGAGGCAUUUAACAUCGCAAAACUGCACAAUCUCCCGAUCAUUUAUGUGGUGGAAAACAAUAAUUUCGCCAUGGGGACAAGUGUGGACAGACACUGUGCCAAUCCGGACUACUAUAAGUCCUGCAGUUUCAUUCCUGGUCUAAGAUUGAACGGUAUGAACUUGCUCACAGUAAAGUCUGCGGUUGAGUUUGCUGUGAAACAUGUGAGAAGUAAGAAGGGUCCUAUUUUGUUAGAAGCAAAGACUUAUAGGUACGGUGGGCACUCUGUCUCUGAUCCAGGAACCUCCUAUAGAAAGAGAGAAGAAGUGACACAAGUGAUGAAGGAAAAGGAUUGUAUCAAGUGGUUCGGUGACUUGUUGGUCGAGAGUAAACUGGCCACAGCCGAAGAACUUAAAGAUAUUAAGAAGAGUAACAUAAGCCGAAUAAAGGCGGAUCUGGCAAAAGCGAAAGCGGGAAAACCACCGGGAACCGAAGAGCUCACCCAUCAUGUCUACACGACUUACCAGGGUACAAUCAGAAUGUGUCAAGCUAUUUCAGCAGAAAUGCCUUUUAAAGAAAUUAAACGUGCAAAAAUAUACGUGUGUUGUUUUUGAUUUAUUGGGACUAAG